GCACAGCACACGAAACGGACCGCACUCACUGCACUGCCACUGUUCCAUCCAUCCAUCCGUCAGUCAGACGACAUAUAUACAUUACAUUUAUGCACCCACCAGGAUGACAGACUGACUGCUACAGGGGUGGCCUCGUCACCAUGGGCGGUCGGCCCACGGGGCGGCGCCCUCGGACACCUCAUCGGCACUGACAAUCAGACAGACAGACAGACAGACAAACAUGUGUCUCACCCAUCCAUCCAUUCAUCCAUCCUACACAGCAACACAUGGAUAAUGUUCAGUAUACGUACGAACCAUGGGCUGCACCAAUGCCUCCGGCUGGCGCAUCUACUGAAGGGGCCCGUGGGAGCGGCGGUGCGCGGUUUGGCGCUGCCGGCCUCCCUCUUCCACCACCUUGCAUGAGGGGAGGGGGCGGGCGCGGUGGUGGUCGUGGUGCGAGCGGCCGGGGCUGCGGGUGUGGGUGUGUGGGGUGUGGGUGUGGGCGGGGCUGCAUCAUGUUGAGUGGUUUGGUGAAGGCCUUGUAGCCUGCUGAUGUGCCGGAGCACGAGAUGUUGGUGCCCUCAUUGCUGCCGGCCUACACCCAUAGUGAAUACACGCGCAGUGAUGGGACGGUGGAUGGGAUGGGCAAUGAAAAGGAAGGAGACAAGUGAACUGUGUGCUUGCCUGCUGUAUCUGCCCAUCUGCCCAUUCGAAGAAACCUGCAGAGAGUAACAUGUGUGUUAGUCAUUUCCUUGAUGGCUUCCUUCCCUUGCUCUGGUCGUAUAUGGUGUCUCGCGUCGCGCACCACAUGAGUACGUGCCCUUGAUACUGCAAGCGAAGAAGUAUCGGCCGUUGUUGGGGCCCUGCUUGACCACCUGGCGCAGCACCGCGGGCUUGUUGUGCCCACACCGCGGGAAAUUCUCAUCCGCCCUGUUUUGUUUGUGUGGACAAAAUGAAUGCAACCAAAUAUCCACAGGUGCGGUGCGUGUGGAUCCACCCUCUGUGCGCUCCUUCAAUUCUGCCUGCCUGCGUGGUGGGUGUACCAUUUGAAGAAUUUGCAGGCGGCCUUCUGCGGCUUGGGGCAGGUGUAGUACAUCCUGCCCUUGUUGGCCCCCUCUCUAUACACAGUCCGCAGCGCACACAGCACUCCACACCCGCACCGCACACCUUCACCACGGGGGGACAGCACCGCAAUGCCACUGCCGCCCCCACCACCACCAGCACCACCACCAUCACCACCACCACCAGCAGCUGCUGCUGCAGGCGGACGGGAGGGAAGCCGUGGGUGCAUUGGCUGUUUCUGCUGCUGCUGCUGCUGUUGUUGUUGUUGCUGCGGGUGGACUUGAUGGUCAAAUCGUUGAUGCUGCUGAUCUGAGUCAAGCAUAAUGGCGUCCUGUGCGCUCUCGCCCUCUUGGCGGCCGCCUGCAGGGGGACGGUGUGCCGCCAAGGGGGCAGAUGGGGCACCAGCAGGGACAGGGGCGGCAGGUUGGGGAGGGCCCGCCCUCGGCUGACACGUGGGGCAGAGGUAUGUGAGCCGGUUAUAGUGGCCUUCUCGGAUCACCUCCACUCGUGUGCCGCACGCCACACACGUCAGCUUGUUGUAGACCUGCGGAUGGAUGGAUGGAUGGAUGGAGACACGGGGGAUAGGAUGUGUGUGUGUGGCUGGCGGUGGUUGUGUUGGUUGAUAAGCUUAGCUUACCUUCAUGAAUGUGGCGAGGGGGAUUUUGCCCUCCCUCUUGUACAUGAUGCUGGCGAAGUCUCUCAGACACCUCACCAGCCGCAUGGCGACGUCGGGCGACAGAUCUACGCCGCGCAGCUCGGGAUGCACCCCACUGGCAGACAGACAGACAACAACACAGACACACAGAGUGGACAGACCGACGCACAGCUCGCUCUGUGGUUCCCUCCAUGAUGUGUGUUGUGUGUAAAAAGGUAGGCGGCUGACGCGUUGUGCAGGCCUUCGACUUUGAUCAUAUUUCCGACUCCUGGGAGCGGAGCACAGUAAGUACAAACCAACGAGAGACAGAGGAACCACAAAGGAAUACCUCAUCCAUCCCACCGCACAGACGAUCAAACAAUAGAUACCUGGCAGGAUGUUCUGGUCCAUGGCGAUGUCGCAUACCCUCCUUGCAUCCCCGCGUAUCAGGCCCACGGCCCUCUGGAAGUCAAAGUACGCCGCCAGGAUGUCCAGCGACCGACGCUCCUCCACCUUCAACGCAUACCGCACCGUCCGCACCUCUACCGUGCCCUCAAACACCCUCACAAUGUCCCUCUCACACACUAUCUCGAUCGUCAGGCUCCUGUCUUUCCCCCCAGCCGCACCCCCAUCUCCGCCUUUGGCCCUCUUUAUGGCCUUCUCGCCAGCUGCUCCCGCGCCGUUUUCUGCAGGGCGCUUCAUCGGCUGCUUCGCUUCGGGUCGGCUGCUGUGGUUGGCGAGAGAGGGUGUAAAGGGGUUGCGGCCGGGAGGGAGGGCACUGGCGCUGCUGGCCGGUUGGCCGUCGUUGCCGGCACUGUCUUGCCUGACGAGGAAUCUCUCGAUGCCGGAGGAUGGAUGAGGGUGUUGUUGGGGGAGCGAAGGGGCGGGCUCUGCUGCAGCAGCGGCUUCGGCACUAUCGGUCUUGCUUAGUCGAAUAUGGCCCUGCAUGCCUGGGCAGGAAGGGAAGGAAGGAACAGAGAAAGAAAGUGUGACCGCUGUGACGUUCACUGGGUGUUGAAAGUUACAUACCGAAGUGGAGCCGCAGACAGUGGUCGGCAUCCUCUGCGAUGAUGAACAGCUCCUUUCCUACCUGCAUUGCAACACAUACAAUACACAACAUUCUCCAUCCAUCCAUCCACAAGGCUCUCUCUUCCACGGCUCAUGCACUCGUACAUACCGUGAAGACCCGCUUCACGCGUUGGUUGCAGAGGGCCUGCGCUGCGUCAGGUCCGAGUGCGACGCGAAUGAUGCGCUGGCCCGCCAAACACCUCAAUCGCUCUCCAUUCCUCUUGCACCCUGGACCUUCUACCAUAACAGCGGCUCCAGAUCUUG